CGAGUUAGAUCGCUGAUUAUUCUUGUUAUCGCGUGUGCACUUUUGUCGUAAUAUGUCUUACGAUUAUGAUGAGAAUACUGUUGUAGAUGAGUUUUCGUCUAUGGCUAUCCAUUCAAAUGGUCCAGAUGGUGGUGCCGCCAAACUUUAUGUGCCUCCUCAUUUGCGAAAUCGUGGAACUUCAGAUGGUCUCGCAGACUCUGUAAAUGAUUUUAGUCAAUUUAGUCGCCCUUCCCGUGGUAUUGGUGGUGAUAACUUUCGUGGACGUCCUUUUCGUGGUUCGUAUAGUAACAGGGGAUCAAAAGUUGGGAACGAAAGGCAGCAAUCUGACUCACGGUGGUCAAGCUUCAACGUGAAUACUCAGUCACGGGGUGGUCAUUCUACUUUGGGGUCAAAUGUUCCCAGACGCAGUUGGAAUGCACCCACUGAAGACUGGACUCAACAGUUGCCACGAAACGAGCGUACAGAACAAGAGCUUUUCAAGAAAGUGAGCGCAGGCAUAAACUUUAACCAAUACGACAACAUUCCUGUAAAUGCGACGGGGCCAAACUUUAACGACAGUGCAUCAACUAUAUCUUCAUUUACCGAACUUUCACUUCAUAAAAUUGUACGUGACAACGUUGAACUGGCCAACUAUGAGCGUCCUACACCAGUACAAAAGCAUGCUAUACCAAUAAUUGCAUCAGGUCGGGACCUAAUGGCAUGUGCACAAACUGGUUCAGGAAAAACUGCUGCAUUCCUUAUUCCAAUCCUAAACAACAUGAUUAAGCAAGGUCCCGGUGAUUCUAUAUGCGCCACUAUAAACAACAACCGAAGAAAACAGUUCCCUGUAGCUCUUAUACUGGCUCCAACUCGCGAAUUAGCAUCGCAGAUUUUUGAUGAUGCCCGAAAGUUUUCCUAUAGAUCUCUUAUCAGACCAUGUGUUCUUUACGGUGGUGCUGAUAUGAGAACGCAGUUGAUGGAGUUGUCCGAAGGCUGUAAUCUGUUAGUUGCCACUCCAGGUCGACUAAGUGAUGUUUUAGAACGGGGUCGAGUCGGCUUAGACCAUUGUCGGUUCCUUGUUCUUGACGAAGCUGAUCGUAUGUUAGACAUGGGGUUCGAACCACAGAUUCGUCGUAUUGUGGAGCAAGAUGCUUUCCCACCUUCCGGCGAGAGACAGACGCUUAUGUUCUCGGCAACUUUCCCCAAUGAGAUUCAGAUUUUAGCCAAAGAUUUCUUAAGCAAUUAUAUAUUUCUGACCGUUGGACGUGUUGGGAGUACGAGUGAAAAUAUCACGCAAACGAUACUUUGGGUUGAGGAGAAUGCUAAACGAGAUACUCUAAUCGAUUUGCUUGCUCACUCAGAAGCAGGUACACUAACAUUAGUUUUUGUUGAAACAAGACGGGGUGCAAACGCUCUUGAAAACUAUUUAUACUCACAGAAGUUUCAAGUUGCCAGUAUACAUGGAGAUCGUACUCAGGAAGAUCGAGAAUUAGCGUUGUCUUGUUUUCGUUCAGGAAGAACGCCAGUGCUCGUUGCAACAGCUGUUGCAGCUCGUGGUUUGGAUAUUCCAAAUGUCAAGGUAAGCUCCUACCUAACUCGCUUUGAUAAUCCUAUGCAUUCGUUUUUUGUUUUUUCAUUGUUUAAACGUAUUCCCCUUAUUUGUUGAAUGCUGCACUUGUCGUCAUAUACUACAUAUUUAACUCAUUCAUUAUGCAUUCCAAUAAGUUGUGUACCAACUUUACUUAAAGAACGUUCGCCACAUCAGUUCAUUCUUGAUAGAAGUUCGAUAAAACUAUAAUCUUUCCGAUAUCGUACGAUUUAAGUGAGGGUUUUAUUUGCAAAAAAUAUUCUCACAUUUCAGUGAAUCUAAUCAUUACAUUCAUAUUUAAGAUAUAAAUCUUGUAAACUCAUACAGUUUACUGAUUCAUUUGCUUUAGUUGUGCGGAAAAUAUAUCUGCACAUUCGAAGUAUAAAGAUGCUUACGAAUUAUGAUUUAUUAACUUGAAUUAUGGAAGGCCAGUUCAUUUAGGCGAACCCGCAAUAUAACAGUAUAAGAAGUAAAGGAGCCGAAAAUCCGGCACAUCUAUUCUACUAGUAUGUAUUUGUACCUAUUUCCACGCAGGACCAAUUGAUCAUAAAUCUUGAUAGGGUACCACGACUCUGAAGCAUUUUAAGACAAAGCAGUGUGAGACAAUAUAACAUUCAUUUGCGACCACACAUACUUGACAUAAAAACAAACUUCGCUCACUCAAAAUCCAAUAUAAUCACGUUAAAAACUAAAAUGCUUAAGUACUUUCGGCUUUCACAUGUCCUCUACUCGUGCGGAGUUUAGUUAUACAACUCAGUCUAUUAAACAUUUGGACUUAAUUUAGACACACACUUGGAAUAUAUUCCAUGUGACUCAAACGUGCGAAAGUUAGGCAAAUAUCAUGCAAAAAUCCUGUUGGCAACCACACUAUCGGCACUGAUAGGCUAUUGUUAACUCACUUAAGGAUUUAGAUUUGUUUGCUUGACUUUGAAACGCAUUAAUGUGGGAGAUAAUGAUAAUACCCAGUUACUCAAACCGAUAUGAGUGAAUCGUGGUUCAAACCUGCCACUUGUUAGCGAAAAGUCAGUCGCCUUAACGACCAAUGAAACUUCUAAAUUCUGUUGUCAACUUAUUCGCCUAUGCUACUCUUAGUCGAACUAGCUUAUCCGCAACUGAAAUGAUGAAUAUCUCGUUUGAGGGUAAACUGUAGUAAAGGUACAAAUUGACAAUCGCAUGCGUGUAAAGUGCAGUUGUUGCACCUGUCCAACUAUCAUUUAUUUCAGUAUACUACAUCGUGGUCGGUUUUGAUCCCAUCAUCUGUAAUCUCUAACUGUCGAUUUACAUCACUUCCAAGUCCACAUUUCUCUAGACCAACUCGAACGAAAAACACUUACCCGAGAGUAUGUCGUUAUUUAACUAUUGUUAUUCCACCGGUCCAACCACAUCUAAGUUAUGUUUGUAUGUGCUUCAGAACAUCUAAUAGUUUCAUUCUCAAUAGGUAUGGCUUGUUACCCACUAAGAAUGGACUCAGUCUAUGUGUAUUACCUCAUCCUUUUGGCUUUCCGAGUUUCACAAAUAACGCGUAAAAUCCUACGUCUCUCUGGCAUGUAAAUUUAAAUCCUCAUUGUUUAUUACAUUUACAAUACAGCACGUUAUCAAUUACGAUCUUCCGUCAGAUAUUGAAGAGUACGUACAUCGCAUCGGCCGAACUGGUCGUGUUGGAAAUCUUGGACUGGCUACUUCUUUUUUCAAUGACAAAAACCGCAACUUGGCCCGUGGUCUAGUUGAGUUGCUUGAAGAAGCUAAUCAGGAUAUCCCGCCUUGGUUGAAAGCAAUUACAGGAGACGCAAGGCCUACAAGUUUCCAACGUCCAAGAAAUAAUCGUCGGUAAUUUUACAACUCAUCUCUGAUUUCUUACAUUGCACAAGUUGUCAUGACUACUGGGCCGUCUAGAUCAUCUCAUUAGGAAGUUAGGGUGAAGCAUUCCGAAAAUUCUGUUCCGUAACAAUACUACGUAGUGAUUUAAAAUAUGGAGACGACUCAGUUUCAUUUAUCUUAAGGUUUAAGGACGUUGCUUGGACACUAUGUUUCGUAAGUCCAUAAAAAUAGUUACUUUCAGACUUGGCUUUACAAUUAUACUUUUGAGUGUUAAAAAAGAUAACGCCAUAGGAAGUGGCAACGUAUCUGAUUGACUUUGUUAAACCUGACAGACGGUAAAUGCAUCAACUGACAAACCACAGAUAAGCUAUCUUGAUAUCACUAAAAUAUGAUUUUCAGCUGACUAACCCAGUUGGUAAUCUGCGCAUUAUUCCACAACGAUGCUGCUAGCUUCAAGAUCAACACAGGCUAAUCUAAUCACAAUAAAAUUUGUUUGUCUACCAAGUUGUUUGAGUGGGUGUGCCAAAUAAAAUAUAUUUGACUCAUGUUGAACCAUUUAACUUGCAGUUUUGGAAUGUACACUGAUCCGUUUUCCAUCCUUUGAAUUAGGAGUAGUCAUUUUGUCAUAAGUCAUUACUGUUGGGUCUCUUGUUACAUUGCUGAAUAUAAUUAAACUUUUAUUUCAGUGGCGGUUUUGGUGCUCGUGAUUAUCGACAAACUCCCUCACGUGGUGCUAAUAAUUCUAAUCGUCCUACUGGCCCAACGUCUAGAGACUAUGGAUUGCUUCGCGAUAGUAGCUAUUACGAUUCACAACCAUGCUCGGUGUCACAGAGUUCUCCAGACUGGUGGGGCAAUUAGCAGUCAUAAUUAACUACCAUGAACAAUACACUUUUUGAUCCUGUCGUUUUUUAUAAUUUAAAUCAUUUUCGACAAUUUUUACAUCAGCGGAAACUUGCUUUCAUAAUUUACUUUGGAAUUCACGCCACCAAAUAGGUGCAGUUGUUGUCCCUUCCCAAAUUUAGUUUUGAUUACCAAUUCAGUAUGUGCAUCCAUGUGGGCAUAAUAGCGGUAAUUCUCCAUAGAUAUCAUUUGUGAAUUGCCGCUGUUCUUUCCAAAACCUGCAUUUAUUUUUGUCAAGGUGUGAUUUUCCCAGUGAAUUAAAAUGAGUUGGACCGCUUUUUGGUAUUUGGAAAAAGCUUGUAUUGAAUAAAAAACUAGAUU